AUGAAUGCUUAUCAACUUUAUAAAGAUAUCCCAAAUGAAACUGCAGCUAUAAAAUAUCUUCAAAAACGUGGUUUAAUUCCUGAAACAAAGGAAUGCGAAAAUGGCCAUAAAAUGAAGCUUUCUUUCGGCAAUCUGGAUCCAGAACAAGUCCCUAAUAAACUUUCUUCAAUAAUUCAACCACAAAACAUCUCAUAUGACACUUCAAAUGAUAUUGAUAAUAUACCACUUGAUAAAAUUAAUUUACCAAUUGAAAGCGAUACUUCUCCUUAUGAAAAAUUAUUUAUUUAUGCCAAUAAUACAUUCAGCGAUACACAAGAGAGAAAUGUUUCAAAAAAACAAAUUGAUAAUAAUGAUAAUUUUGAUAAGCAGAAUAAAGAACAUUUUUAUGAUUCAGAAAUUUUAACUUUCCCUAUCAACACUGAUAUAAGAUAUCUCAGCCCCUUAAACUUAACUUUGGCGAAGAAUAAUUUAUAA